CACAUGUCCGUUUCUGCGCAUGUGCACUUUCCUCACAACUUGCAGCUAAUUUAUCACCACUAUAAAUCCAGAGCUACGGUAACUAAAAACCUAGUGCCUACAGCCCUCUACCAACAGCCAAGCCAUGAGUGAACCAGCUAACAAGAAGGCUCGUUUCGCCAGCCCUCCAGAAGUGAAGUACACUCAGAUCUUUAUCAACAACGAGUGGGUGAACUCUGUGAGUGGCAAGACCUUCCCAACCAUCAACCCCAGCACUGGAGAGAAGAUCUGUGAUGUACAAGAGGGAGACAAGGCUGACAUUGACAUAGCUGUGGAUGCUGCUUGUGAGGCCUUCAAGUUGGGCGGUACCUGGCGUACAAUGGAUGCAUCAAAACGUGGUGUGCUACUCAACAAGUUGGCUGAUCUCAUCGAACGCGAUCACGAAUACCUCGCUCGACUCGAAACCCUCGACAACGGCAAACCUUUUAAGGAUGCCUACAACACAGACGUCGUCCUCGCUAUUAAAUGCUAUCGCUAUUAUGCCGGAUGGUCCGACAAGAUCCAAGGAAAAACCAUUCCAACUGACGGAAAUGUCUUCACAUUCACUCGCCACGAGCCAGUCGGUGUGUGUGCUCAGAUCAUCCCCUGGAACUUCCCCCUUGUGAUGCAAGCCUGGAAACUAGCACCUGCCCUGUGCUGUGGUAAUACGAUCGUCAUGAAGGUGGCUGAACAGACCCCACUCACUGCCCUCUAUGUUGCUGCUCUCUCGAAGGAGGCUGGAUUUCCACCAGGUGUUAUCAACGUUGUCCCCGGUUAUGGGCCCACGGCUGGUGGCGCUCUAACUACCCACCCUAAAGUUGACAAAGUGGCUUUUACUGGAUCUACCGAAGUUGGUCGCAUCGUGAAGCAAGCUGCCGGAGCGAGUAACUUGAAGCGUGUGACUCUGGAGCUUGGAGGAAAAAGUCCCAACAUUGUUCUGGCUGAUGCUGAUUUGGAUCACGCCGUGGAGACCAGCCAUUUUGCCCUCUUUUUCAACCAAGGCCAAUGCUGCUGUGCAGGAUCUCGUACUUUUGUUCACGAGUCAAUCUACGACGAAUUUGUUGCUAAGAGCAUUGUCAGGGCUAAAAAUCGUCGAGUGUCGCAUCCUGAAAAUAACGAUUGCGAACAAGGCCCUCAAGUCGAUCAAGAGCAGUUUGACAAGAUCAUGGGUCUAAUUGAUGUUGGAAAGAAGGAAGGAGCAACCUUGGAGUGCGGUGGUACUCGCGUGGGGGAUAAGGGAUAUUUCAUUGCCCCCACCAUCUUUACUGGUGUGACUGACGAAAUGAGAAUUUCCCAAGAGGAGAUAUUUGGCCCUGUGAUGCAGAUCAUGAAGUUUAGCACCAUAGAGGAAGUGAUUGAGCGCGCUAACAAGACCAUCUAUGGCCUGGCUGCCUCUAUUUUCACUCAGAAUCUAGACAAUGCUCUUACACUUGCUCAAGGCAUUCGUGCUGGCAGCAUCUGGGUCAAUUGCUACGAUAUUCUCGAGGCAUGCAACCCGUUUGGAGGGUUCAAGCAAUCGGGUAAUGGUCGAGAGCUGGGAGAGUACGGCCUGCAGCAAUACACUGAGAUCAAGUGCGUCACUAUCAAGGUUCCUCAGAAGAACUCUUAAAGAAAGAAACUCUCUUAGGCUGCAGUACAGCUUUAGAUGGUAGAAAGAACAUUGUUACAUAGAAAGAGAACAGAUAUUUUUUUGUUGAUCCCUAUGAUUUAGUUAUUAAUUGAUGUAUAUUUGCAACUGCA